AAACCAACUGACGGCGGGCGCGCUAAGCGAACCACCAAACGGGAUCACCGCCUCCAACAACCCUCCUCCUCCUCCACCACAACCCUAGAGUUGGUAAUCAUCCAUUCGUUUUCUACCUACCUUACGCAUCGGCGAUCGAGUCCGUUGCUGUGCAACUGCACGUUGCAAAAAAAAAAAGGAGUCCAAACCCAGCAAAGCGAUCGGCAUUUUGGUGUCGCGGAGAAGAUAUAUUGUUGGAAACGUAAAAAAAAAUACAACAAGGGGAGCGAGCACCAACUGGGGGCUGCAUCUCGAGGUUCAACAACAUUUAAUAUCUUCACAAGCUCAAAGUCGCCCAUCACCACCGAUAAUGGCCGCCAUGUCGCGACGACAAGAUCCUCUUCCCAUGUCGAGUCGGUCUUCAUUCCCAUCAUCAUCGUCGCCGUCGUCUACGACCUUCAAGCGCGCCGCUUUCGACGCAAUCCACCAUAUCCGGGCAUCUCUUGCCUCUGCGACACAAAAACGCAGUACUGAUCCCAAUUGUUCGCCACAGCCGGGCGUGAACCUCUGCGAGAAGCCAGCAGAGGCAACCUCAAAUGUUACCUGGGCGAUAAUUGGCAGUGUGCUCGGUUUCGUCGCGGCAACCACCAUUAUAGUAGCAUAUCUCCUACACCUUCGCCGGAAAAAGGUGCACAAAAAAGAAGAUCGAAAUGACCCGUUCCAGAUGUCCGACUAUGGUUUCGACGAAGCAGCUGCCGCAGAAGCAGCUAGGUCAAAGGCGAAUCUAUUCCGAAAAUCCCAGCAUUCCUCCACCGCUUCGUUUUCCACGCCAUCGCCACCAAACCCCGUGGAACGCAAGCUGUCCUUUGACGAAUCGCCCUACGCUGUUAGUGCCGCUGCCGGGAUCCGAUCAUCUACAACCGUUGGCGGAGAUGUUAUCUAUAGCGACAUCAGCACUCCACCGGGCGCGGCACGCGUCAGCAUGAGGGGCGAGAGCCAAUUCCUUGGAGUUCCGGGAAUUGAGGGGAUGGACUUGGGCGGUAUGCCGAUGGAUCGGGAACGCGAAAGGGAGCGGUCGAGGUCGAGGGCCCGGUCGUCUUAUUCUCACUCCCCUCAUAAUGGAUCCCAUAGACAGAUGCAGCGCCGAUCCCGACCCUCGAGUGUGCAGAGCGCUCCAUUUUCGCCCGGACGCAUGACGCCACCGCGAGGACCUAGGCCGGUUGGAGGAGGCGAUGGAGCCAGCGCCGCCAGUGGCAGUGUACUUCGCUCUCCCCUUUCUGACGACGCUUCCUCUCUUUCUGUCAGGUCUUCCGAGAUGUUGCGCCCGCCCGUCGACGGUGAUGUUGAUGGUCUUGCCGGCGCCGGUAUGCUCGGCCCGGUGCCAUGGGAGAAGGAUCAACAGCAGGAAAAGGUCGUGGUUAUGGAGACGACGAUGGAGAAGGAAAGCAGCAAGAGAAUUUCGGAGGAAGAUGAUACGGUUAAUGAGCCUAUGAGCAACGAGAUCCGCAUGGUAGCCGCGGAAACAACACCGGCCGCUCCAGAGGAGGAGGAGGAGGAGAAGCCCACAGCUGCUCAACAGGAGACAGUGGAGGUCAAGAAGGAGAAAGAGAACGAGCAAGAGACAAGGAUAUGACCUGACCGCGGAUUAAUGACGCGUACGCGCGCGGAGGGAGGGGCAUUUUGGAUGUGCACGGUGUAAUGAAUCAUUUUACUACUUACAGGAAAGGAGAAACGGCUGUUUUCUGG